AUGGGUAUCAAGAACCUUUUCCAAAUCCUCAAGGAGGAGGCUCCCGACGCGAUCAAGGAGGGCGAGAUCAAAAACCAGUUCGGACGAAAGGUGGCCAUUGAUGCGUCCAUGUCGAUCUACUCCUUCCUCAUCGCAGUUCGGUCGGACGGCCAGCAACUGAUGAACGAAUCAGGCGAGACGACCUCGCACCUCAUGGGCAUGUUCUAUCGCACACUGCGCAUGGUCGACAAUGGAAUCAAGCCUCUCUACGUCUUCGACGGCGCGCCACCCAAACUCAAGUCGGGUGAGCUCGCUAAGCGAUUCCAGCGCAAACAAGAAGCCAAGGAGGGGCUCGAGGAAGCCAAGGAGACGGGCACAGCAGAGGACAUUGAAAAGUUUUCGCGACGGACGGUGCGCGUGACACGCGAGCACAACGCGGAAUGCCAGAAACUGCUGAAGCUGAUGGGCGUGCCGUUCAUCAUUGCGCCCACGGAGGCCGAGGCUCAAUGCGCCGUCCUGGCCAAGGGCGGCAAGGUGUACGCUGCCGCGAGCGAGGACAUGGACACGCUGACAUUUGAGACGCCCAUCCUGCUGCGCCAUCUGACAUACAGCGAGCAGCGCAAGGAGCCGAUUCAGGAGAUCCAUCUCGACAAGGUCAUGGAAGGGCUCGGCAUGGAGCGCAACCAGUUUGUUGACCUCUGCAUUCUUCUGGGCUGCGAUUACCUCGAUCCGGUGCCCAAAGUCGGCCCCAGCACGGCGCUCAAGCUGAUCCGCGAGCACAAGACACUCGAAGGGGUGGUGGACUACAUCAAGAACGAUCCCAAGAGCAAGUACACGCUGCCGGAGGACUGGCCAUUCGCAGACGCGCGCGAGCUGUUUCUCAACCCAGACGUGCGGCCGGCAGACCACGCCGACUGCGACUUCAAGUGGGAGAAGCCGGACAUUGAGGGCCUUGUGACGUUCCUUGUGACGGAGAAGGGUUUCUCGGAGGACCGCGUGCGCAGCGCAGGGGCGCGGCUGGAGAAGAACAUGAAGGGUUCACAACAGAGCAGACUUGAUGGGUUCUUCAAGAUGAUGCCCAAGACGGACGAGGAGAAGCAGGCGCACAAACGCAAGCUGGACGAGAAGAACGAAGAGAAGAAGAAAAAGGCCAAGCUGGACAAGAAGGAAAAGGCACAGGCCAAGGCCAAGCCGAGAGGCGCCUAG